AUGGGCGAAGAUAUCUAUGUAGUUGAAAAAAUUCUUAAUAAAAGAAUACUUGAAAAUGGUGAAAUAGAAUAUUUUAUAAAAUGGUAUGGUUAUGAUGAAGAUGAUGCAACAUGGGAACCUGAAGAAAAUGUCUUUUGUAAAGAUUUAAUAAAAUUAUAUGAAAAAAAUCAAAAUUGUACUGAAAAUAUAGAUGAUGAAUGUAAAUUAAUUAUGUCUCAAAUUCUCGAUGAAAUUAUAAAUCUCAUUGAAACAGUUCCUUUAAUGUCUGAUUCUGUUAAUGUAAGUACAGAUGAUCUGAUCUCUGAUCAUUCCUUAUCAUAUCUUCAAUUGUCCACUACUGCAACAAUAGAUGAAAAUGAAAUCACUGAUAAAUCAUUCCACUCCGAUAUUCAUAGUGUACAAGAAAUUGUUAUUUCUCAGAAUGAUGAUAUCGAAAAAACAGAAGUCAUAAAUACGAAUAUAGAAUCAACACCUGAAACUAAUCGUCGUCGUCGAAAACGCACACAUACGACAUCAUUAACACGUAAGAAGAAAUUUCGAUCCGAUUCUAAUGAUACUAAAUCAAUAAUUGUUGAUGAAAAUGCAAAUGAUAUUCAAAAACAAGAUCAAAUGGAAGUACAAAAUAAUACAAUUGAUUAUGUUUCCCUUGGACCCGAACGUAUUGUUUCCAUAACACGAUCACGUUUACCAGCUCAACAACUUGAAUUCCUUUUAAAAUGUUCACAUUCGCCAACAAAAUUAUUUUUUAUUUCCAAUGAAAAAGCGAAAGAACUUGUACCAGAUUUAUUAAUCGAAUUUUAUGAACGACAUAUCAAUUGGUUUAUAGAUAAACCAUCAACAUCAAAAUCAAAAUCAUAUAAACGUGAAAGUAAUUCAACGAAUCGAAGCAAUAGACAUAAAUCUUAA